AUGAGCAGCUCCUCGGAAGAGGGGGGGCGCCCCCCCCCUCGGCCGAUGGACCCAUUCAGGCCUCGGGGAUCCCUGCGGAGGACCCCACCAACGGAGCCGCGCGCGGCCCGGGAUGUUGUCAUGAGGACGCCGCCUGAGGUCCUGGAGCUGGCGCAGGCGGCCUUCGACUCUGUCCUCGCUGCGGCAUCGCCAAGGAGUAUCCCGGCAUAUCCCCCCACCCCGACGUUCUCUCCCGCACCCUUGCAGGAUCCUGAGCCCUUGGCGCCAGAACGCCAACGCCCAGGCGCCGCAAAGCGCAUUCUCUCGCCGGACGCACAGGCUGAGACGGACCCCAAGCGCCGCACUGCCCGCGAUCUGUCGGUGGCCAGUGGCCAAACUGAACAUCUUGCACCUCCCAUAGUGCACACCCCGGCCACAGAAUACGGGUCGCCCUUCUCGUCGGGCGACGACGAAUUCCUGCUAGGGGACGAGGACUUGGCCAGAGCGUCGGCGAGACAACUUCUCGCCAAGGCCAGCGCGGCGUGCCGCAGUAUAUCGGCGGUAGCGGGCGGGCAGGCAUCCCGCCUCAAUAAGGCGGAUCUAGCGUCCAUAAGCGGACAGCUCAGGGUCAUCAUGGAGAUUGUGGGGCACUGCUGCGUCACCGUGGAGGGACAAAAAAGUGCGGUUACAGAGAUGCAGAAGCACCACAACAUGCUGGAUGAGGCCCGCGCACGAGAGGCCGAACGUGCCUCGAGGGCGGAAGCCGAGGCCGAGCGGGCAAAACUGGAAGCAGCGGCAGCCUCCACCACGAUCGGUGCUACUAGCGACGGCUGGCAGACCGUGAAUUAUGCGAGGGCCUUGAAACGGGCCCCAAAAGCAGCACCCUUAAGAAUUCCCCCCCCUCCCGCUGCGACCCUGGCGAUAUACCCGGCGGAAGGAAGUGAUUUGAAAACAGCGGAACAGACCAAAAUGGUCCUGAAAAAAUCAGUCGAGCCGGGACAGCUGGGAGCCCAAAUA